UGCGCAGACCGCCGGUUUAGUUCAGCUGAUAAAUUUUGCCGGUUUGCCAGCAGCUGCCACCAUGUUUAGUUUCCACAAGCCUAAGGUGUACCGUAGCAUCAGCGGCUGCUGCAUAUGUGGUGCCAAGUCGUCCAGCUCCAGAUUCACGGACAGUGCCAAAUACGAGGUGGAGUUCCAGAAGUGCUUCAAGCUGCACGAGGAGCGCAGCGGGGAGAUCUGCAACGCCUGCGUCUUGCUGGUCAAGCGCUGGAAAAAACUGCCCAAGGGCACAGACAGAAACUGGCAUCAUGUUGUGGAUGCCAGGGCAGGACCCGGGACCAAGACCAUCCUCAAAGCCAAGUUCAAGUCCAAGCUGAGCAAGCGGCCGAACAAGCGCCGGCACCUGCUGGCCAAGAAGAAGAUGGGCCUGCUGCGCAAGAGCAGGAGUGGGGAGGGCUCGGACGACGUCAGUGGUGAGGAGCACAUGAGUGACAAGUCCCCCUGGUCCAGUGCCACGCCCUCUCCAGCUCUCAGCGACCAAUCAGACGAGUCGAUGUCGGCCUGCGAUGUCGACAUCAAACCAUCGAAAUGCAAAGACAUUCCAUAUCCCGUCUCAUCAUUCCUCAACACCAGCUACUGGAGAAGAGAGGACAUCUGCUGCGGCAUCAUCUUCAAAGGCUCUCGAGGGGAAGUUGUGAUCGACCCUCGCUUGCUCCGGCCCUGCCAGGCAUGCAGAAGCUCCACAACCCCCAACACACCCUCCAAGAGCAGCAGCAACCCCCUUACCAGCCACGGAGCUUCCGAGAAAAACAUUUCCCCCCAUACAAUACCCCCAUUUGGAAGCAUGGAAGGUAGAACAAAAAUGUCUUCCAGUUUUUUGUAGGGUUGUAUGACAGAAUAUUUUUUAACCUUAUUUCUUUUCCCUUUUUUAUCGUAGCCAUUGUUUAGCUAGAUAGGUGCAAGAUCUGGAUCCCUUAUAUGGUCAUUCUAUAUUACUGGUAGGUUCAGAAUGACCAAAUAUGGAACAGGGUACUUACCAAAAGUUUGCAAACCCGUUGUUGGUUUGAUAUAUAGAAUUUAAGCGCAAGAUUUCUGCAUUUUUCAGUGGUUUUUAUUUUUAAUAUCUCUCUCAGUUUUGCUUCGGAAAAUCAAGAUUAAAAGACAUAAAUGUCUUUAAAUACACGGCAAAAUUUUUUGAUGGGCAGAUACAAUAGCAACCAGCAUAUGCUGGCUAAAGAUGUGUUGUAACACCCCUCUUCUCACAAUGGGUCAGUCUAGAAGCUGUCAUGCCCUGACAGAAAUGUGGACUAUUCCAUUUCUGUAUAGGUAGGAUGCGAAAGGAUAUAAAGUGCAUAACUUCUCAGUGAGAGUGCAAUCCGUGAUUCUGCAAAAAAAAACAUCAUUAAGUUGCGAUGUCUGUAACACCCCUUUCUCACAGUGGACCAGUCCAAAAGCUGUCAGAUCUGACAGAAAUGUGGACCGUUCCAUUUCAGCAUGGGUAGGUUUCUGUGGAAGAUCUCUGAACUGUCAUGCAAUAAGACAAAAUGCCAGACAAUCUGUGCCUUGAGGAAUCACAGAGUGCCACGUCCAUAAAUACUGUAACUCGAAGUUUUCCUCAUACAGUCAUCGUAUCAUCCUCUUAACCCUUGUCCUGCACAGCCCAACAAUUGUUGUUUUGCACAUACAGUACCAUCUAUGUAACACUCUGGAUAGGUACAAUUUGGGGG